AUGGCCCCGUGGCUGCAGCUCUGCUCCGUCUUCUUCACUGUCAACGCCUGUCUAAACGGCUCGCAGCUGGCUGUGGCCGCGGGUGGCUCCAGCAGAGCGCGGGGCGCCGACACCUGUGGCUGGAGGGGAGUGGGGCCGGCCAGCAGGAACAGUGGGCUGCACAACAUCACCUUCAGAUAUGACAAUUGUACCACGUACUUGAACCUGGUGGGGAAGCAUGUGAUUGCUGAUGCCCAGAACAUCACCAUCAGUCAGUAUGCUUGCCACGAUCAAGUGGCAGUCACCAUUCUUUGGUCCCCAGGGGUCCUUGGCAUUGAAUUCCUAAAAGGGUUUCGGGUAAUACUGGAGGAGCUGAAGUCAGAGGGGACACAGUGCCAACAACUGAUUCUAAAGGAUCCGAAGCAGCUCAACAGUAGCUUCAAAAGAACUGGAAUGGAAUCUCAGCCUUUCCUGAAUAUGAAGUUUGAGACGGAUUACUUUGUAAAGAUUGUCCCUUUUCCUUCCAUUAAAAAUGAAAGCAAUUAUCACCCUUUCUUUUUCAGAACCCGGGCCUGUGACCUGCUGUUACAGCCGGACAACCUGGCUUGCAAACCCUUCUGGAAGCCUCGGAACCUGAAUAUCACCCAGCACGGUUUGGAUAUGCAGGUGUCCUUCGACCACGCACCACACACCUUUGGCUUCCGUUUCUUCUAUCUUCAUUACAAGCUCAAGCAUGAGGGACCCUUCAAACGAAAGACCUGUAAACAGGAGCAAAAUACAGAGACAACCAGCUGCCUCCUUCAAAAUGUAUCUCCAGGGGAUUAUAUAAUUGAGCUGGUAGAUGACACUAAUACAACGAGAAAAGUGAUGCAUUAUGCCUUAAAGCCAGUGCACUCCCCAUGGGCUGGGCCCAUCAGAGCUGUUGCCAUCACUGUGCCGCUGGUCGUCAUAUCAGCAUUUGCAACACUCUUCACUGUGAUGUGCCGCAAGAAGCAACAAGAAAAUAUAUAUUCACAUUUAGAUGAAGAGAGCUCUGAGUCCUCCACCUACACCACAGCACUCCCCAGAGAGAGGCUCCGGCCACGGCCAAAGGUCUUCCUCUGCUAUUCCAGUAAAGAUGGUCAGAAUCACAUGAAUGUCGUCCAGUGUUUUGCCUACUUUCUCCAGGACUUCUGUGGCUGCGAGGUGGCUCUGGACCUGUGGGAAGACUUCAGCCUCUGCCGAGAAGGGCAGAGAGAAUGGGUCAUCCAGAAGAUCCACGAGUCCCAGUUCAUUAUCGUGGUCUGUUCCAAAGGCAUGAAGUACUUUGUGGACAAGAAGAACUACAAGCACAAAGGCGGCGGCCGAGGCGCGGGGAAAGGGGAGCUCUUCCUGGUGGCAGUGUCUGCCAUCGCUGAAAAGCUCCGCCAGGCCAAACAGAGCUCAUCUACGGCGCUCAGCAAGUUCAUCGCCGUCUACUUUGACUAUUCCUGCGAGGGAGACGUUCCGGGCGUCCUGGACCUGAGCACCAAGUACAAGCUCAUGGACAACCUUCCCCAGCUCUGCUCCCACCUGCACUCGCGAGACCACAGCCUGCCGGAGCCUGGGCCGCACCCUGGCCACGUCAGCAGGAGGAACUACUUCCGGAGCAAGUCGGGCCGGUCCCUGUACGUCGCCAUUUGCAACAUGCACCAGUUCAUCGACGAGGAGCCCGAUUGGUUCGAGAAGCAGUUCGUCCCCUUCCACCCUCCCCCACUCCGCUACCAGGAGCCAGUCCUGGAGAAGUUUGACUCCGGCUUGGUUCUGAAUGACGUCAUGUGCAAACCAGGGCCGGAGAGCGACUUGUGCCUCAAGGCUGAGGCGCCCGGCCCCGGGUCUCCGGUCCCCGCGUCGCCGGCCGACUCGCACGCGGAGGGUCAGCAGCUGGGCCUGGACGAAGACGCGGAGGCCGGGCCGGGCUCCUGCGGCAGCUCCGCCCUGCAGCCCCUGCUGCACGCGGUGAAAGCCGUGGGCGCCUCGGGCAUGCCGCGGGACUCGGGCAUCUACGACUCGUCCGUGCCCUCCUCUGAGCUGUCUCUGCCCCUGAUGGAAGGGCUCUCGGCGGACCAAACGGAAACGUCCUCGCUGACGGAGAGCGUGUCGUCCUCCUCAGGCCUGGGUGAGGAGGACCCUCCUGCCCUUCCGUCCAAGCUCCUCACCUCUGGGGUGUAUAAAGCAGAACCUGGUUGCUGCAGCUACACUGGUGAACUCCACGUGGUCGCCCCUUUGUAACGAAACGGAAGAGUCUAAGCAUUGCCACUUUAGCUGCCGCCUCUCUUUCUGGUUCCCCAGCUCAUCUCUCUGGUUGUGUAGCUCACUUGGAGCUGGGGUUUCCUACAAGGAUGUUUGGAGUGAAAUUGGUGCCAGUACUUGUUCUCUUUGCCCCCACCUUCUAACAGAUAUCUUGGCAAAGUCUCCAAUUUUGUAAAACCACAUGGAGCUCGGAAAGGCAUGCCCAUAAGAUCUGACAACAGCUUGCCAUGGUAGGUCAGACCUUGGAUUAGAGCCAGUACUGGGAGGUUAGGAGGAAACAUGUAAAGAGAAACAGGAAGAUACCUGCACUGAUCGUUCAGACUUAAUUUAUCUCUGCAAACUCUGCCUAUUUACUGUUGGCUUCUUUGAUUUGAAAGGCUUUGUAGAAAAAGCACUUUCAUUGUUUUUACAACCACACAGAAAUCAAGUUUCAGUCUAUCUGGAAUCCAUGUCAUUACAGAUGAUGUUCCUGUCUAUUUUUGGUGUGGAACUUAUGAUGCCAUGGGUGUUAAAAACGGUCAAGAAGGUGACUGAAUAUAUAAUCACCUCUCAUAAAAUGAGUCUUUAUGUAUUAGUAGGUGGCAUGGCUGGCUGAGGUGGGGGCUGCAGGGCCAGGAUGACCAUCUAAACCAUUCUUUCUGAGAUGGGUUGGUCAACAUGCAAAGGCACCAGAACUCGGUCGGACCCAGGACCACCUCUUGGUCUGAGUAGGCAUCAUGCGAGGGCCAGAUCUGCUGCCAAGUGUUCCUGGGCUAC